GUUUGAUUUCUCCGCAUCGCCAGACCGACUGAUCCCUGCCGAGUCAGCCAUCAUAGAAACUCCGGCGGUUCGCCUCAAUCAUCCAAUAUAAGUCAUUCAGUGACGUGAUCUCCUCUGACUAACAGCUGUGACAUCCGCAGAUCCUCUUGGCCAGGCUACAUAUGCAGUUGAUGCCUUGAUGAAGUGGGUUAGCUGCAGAGCAGCACCUGCAGGUCCAACCCAGCCGGAUAAACACCCGCCACCAGCAAGGCAAGGUCCAGGAUGAAUUCAGGCAAUUGUUGGCAGAGACCCUGUAUUCCUCCUGUUGGUGGGGUGACUAUAUUGCCUUGCGUCAAGAUGACAAGGCACGGGGUAUAAAGAGCAAGUGACGAGCAUGCCCCAAAAUUGACAUCCAAGCUGUAUGCACAUGUCCAUUCACUUACUGUCACCAUGCGAGUCAGUCUCAGUCUCCUCCCUCUCUUUCUAUUAGGCACAUUCGCCAUUCCAUCCUCCCUCCUACAACGUCGCAAUGACACCAUUCCCCCAUUCUUCCUCCUGGCUGGCGACAGCACCACCGCCACCCAGUCCGCGGAUGGUGGCGGCUGGGGCGACGGAUUCAUCAACACGACGCUAUUCAACGGCGCGCGAGGAAUCAACUACGGCCACGACGGCGCAACCACAGUCAGCUACCGCUCCGGCGGCUACUGGGCGACUGUCCUGGAGAAAGUGCAAGAAUACAAGUCCGACUACCGCACCUUCGUGACCAUCCAGUUCGGCGACAACGACCAGAAACCCGCUGCCAAUAUCACGGUCCCGGAAUACACGGGCAACCUGGAGCAGUUCGUCCACGACGUUCGGAAUGCUGGAGGCACGCCCAUCCUGGUGACACCGCUGUCUCGUCGCGACUAUGAUAAUUCUACCGGCACGCCGACGAUUAUCCUCAAUCUGGAGGAUCAGCGCAACGCGACGAUUGUUGCUGCGGAGAGGACCGAUGCGGCGUGGAUUGAUUUGAAUAAGGCGAGUACGGAUUAUCUGAAUGCUAUUGGGCCGGCGGAUGCGUAUACGUAUAAUCUGGAUGCGGAUGACUAUACGCAUAUCAAUGUCGAGGGGAGUCAGGUCUUUGGAGGCAUGGUGGCGGCGUUGAUUGAUCAGAUCUUUCCUGAGCUGAAGAAUGAUGGUUACCUGGAGGUUUAUCCGAAUCUGCUGACGGCGUUGGAGGAAGGGGAGUACUAUUGGCCUUGAGAUCUGUUUGGUCUGGUUUGCAUGGCUUGCAUGCUGGGAAUGAAUGAUGUCUUUUUAUUGCCCGUUGUUGAUGCCGCAGCAGUUCCAAUAUGCAGCCCACUCCAUCACAAGGGCCCAGGGUCCAUUCUCCAUCUCUUGUCGAAUAUAACUAUGGAUCAUAUCAUAUAUAGGACGCCUUGGGCCAGAGAGCCACGACUCGGUAUCCUUGACAAAAGC